GCUUCAUAAUAUUAAUAUCUGGUGAAAUUGGUCACCAGAUUAACUCAUGUCAAGCCAUGCAGGAUUUUACGCGUAACUCUGCACAAUAUCGUCGUCAUGUAAGGAAAACACGAAAAAUUGAAGCGUUUCUAAGAGUUGCAAAAGCCAAUGAAAGGGACAGCAUCACCACCACGGCCGGCCAUAGAAAGCUGGAAACCAUCGGGACUAUCACACCUCUGGAGGAGAUAACGACAGUGGAUGACAAAAUGCAGCCACCAGCAGCCAAAAAACCGAGGCGCUACACCGACGAAGAAUUCAAAAUCGUAAAAGCUGAGUGGAAUGCGAAACUAAAAGCCAAAAGGGAAUAUCCACUGUUUGUGCUUGUCCCAGUGGCGCAGUGGGAACCCCACAUACAAGGCGAUUACCAUUUACAUAGCAGUACAGGGGCAGCGCUGGAGAAUUUGAAAGUGGCAGCACUGCCAGUUUCCUGCGUAGAACCAGUAGAGAGACCGAGCAAGGUUGAGCAUGCACUGCCAAUUUUCAGCGUCGAUAUACAGUCUAUGCUUAUGUAUGCUCUGAUGGGCGAUCAUGCCAGCUUUACUCCGAGGUGGUUCAAGCUUGCAAAAUGGAAUAGGGUCAGCCACAUUGUGGUUACAGUCGUCGAAGACUUUAGUAAGGCAAUGUACACCCAACACAUGGACAGCCUUCCACGAGUAAAUGCACUGUUUAAGCAGCAAGUAGAGCUUGUGGCGCCCUCAUUAUAUGGAGGGAAUUUCCUCGAUGAACUUCUCACUGUUCCCUUGAGCAUGUCCGUACGACGCAGAUUCGAACGUGCGUCGCGAGGUACCUCGACGAAACAGACUGCAGAGGGCGUUUAUGCAGCCAUGAUGACCGUGAAGCUGCCUGAGCUACCGAGCGGCGAUACCGCUCAGGCUUGUGAUGAGGGAGAUACUGAGCAGCCAGCGAAGGAUGCUGUGGUUAACGAGGCGCCUGACGCCCCGGUGAACGUAAACGAUAAUUUCGACAGGACCUGGCUGAUUAUGAAUCCAGAGGAGCUGGCCAGUGAUAAGUACCCACUGCCUCUUAGUGGAGAUCCCCAGUGUGCUAGAUACGUAUACUCGAAGGAUUACUAUGAGCCAGUAACUUCAAGCAGCCCAAUGUUCUGCAUAGACUGUGAAAUGUGCAUGGUUAUCAGCAAGAAGUAUGUAUUGACGCGGAUCGCUGUGGUGGAUGAACAGCUACAGUGUGUCUAUGAGACACUGGUUAUGCCACACCUACGCAUCAUUGACUAUGUAACCAAGUAUAGCGGUAUAACAAAGGAGUUGCUUCAGGGUGUGACAACUUCAUUGCAGGAUGUACAAACUCAGUUAAAGAAUAUUCUGCCUGCAGAUGCGAUUUUAGUUGGGCAUUCGUUGAGCAACGAUCUACAUGCUAUGGAAAUGUUUCACCCUUAUAUAAUCGAUACAAGUAUUGUCUACAACACGAAGUGGAGAAGAUGCAUGAAGACUAGUCUCCGUCAACUUACCUCCAUGUUCCUCGGGAGAGAAAUACAGUGCUGGGGAGCGCAGGGUCAUCACCCAACUGAGGACGCCAUAGCAACCAUGGAACUACUGUUGCUGAAGCUAAGACAUGAUCCAUCUUUCGGGAACGUGCUUGAGGGUUUUCACCUCUACUCGUUCUCACCUCCGAAACUGUCAACUGAUGCCUCUGCUCCGAUCAACCCAUUCACGUCCCCAUCGGUCCAGUCCCUCAACAAAGCACAGCAGGGGACCAGAGCCUGCAGAGCGUGUGGCGGCAGGGUCGGCACGGAUGGAAAGUUGCUGGCCGCACCGUCGGCCGACGCCGCGACGCAGUGCGAUGAGCAGACGAUCGCUGAUGCGACAGCCGGCGGCGGCGGCGGCGGCUGCACAGAGUGCGAGGAGAUGGCCGCAGGCGACAGUCUCACCGAGGGCCUGCGACGACAGAUGUUCCAGCAGAAUGCGUUCUUCUUCAAGUCGGGCAGGACUGCACACUUAUAUGAACUCCUAGAUAGCACUGACAUCAGUGUGGCCGUCUAUGGAAACGAAACAUGCAAGAUGCUGUGUAGAGCGCCACCUGGCCACGGUAGAUACACGUGCUGCACAGAUGACAAGCAUGUUCGGGAAACAGCCUGCGAACAGCUUCCAAAUAACAAGCUCAGCAUCGUUCACUUGUCCGGCGUCGGACAAGCAACCGGAAACAAAUUGAAGUGUUCUAUUGAGAGGCUUGACAAGAGAAUCGCAAAGCUGACGAAGGCGUGUGCUGACAAGGCCCUUCACAUAGUUGUGCUUGCUGGGUCCCGUGAUCCCAACAACAUGAAGACUACUAACGGGCUGUGUCUCAUUAAAGUCAAGAAGCCUGCCCAUCUCUAGUGGUGUUGUGCAGGUACCAACUUACUGGAGGGCUUACUAAUAAAAGCUAAAGCUGCAAGGAAUAUUGAUACACACUCGAUAGGGAAC